GACCUUCCUGCAUCUUAAAAUGUGCAAUCUGGGAGGGGGAAUGGAGUGAGUGGGCAGAGAGCUUCCACUGUACUGAUCUGGAAAUACAUCAUUUCUGAAAUUAUGAACUCUAUUAGCAAUAAAGUCAAAUACAGCUUAUAUCUGGUUUGAUGAAUCAACUAAUGAAUUAAUUAAUGAAGAGCUAGGCAUUGCCUAUCCCAUCAUUGAUGGCAUUCCUAAUAUGAUACCCCAGGCUGCAAGGAUGAUUAAGAAAGAGAAACAUGAAAGGGAACCCAAGGAGACCUAGAUGAUUCGCCUCUAAAAAGAAAAGGCGAGAGACAAGCACCAAGAGAGAAAGAAAAAUGUUCCUGUCGUUCCCUACGAUGACUGUGCUUGUGCCACUGUUGUCUUUAGCUGGUCUGUUUUAUUCGGCCAGCACGGAUGAGAAUUUUCCCCAGGGAUGCACAAGUACAAGCAGCCUGUGUUUCUACAGCCUACUACUUCCAGUUACGAUCCCAGUUUACGUCUUCUUCCACCUUUGGACUUGGAUGGGCCUCAAGCUCUUUCGGCACAACUAGUCAGCUGUGGGCCUGGAAUGAAGAACGCUGCAGUGCUCCUUUUGUUCACUGUCCAACACUUUGCUCCUAGCAAUAGUGGACUACCUUUUCUAUAAUGCAGUUGUCACUGAAUGGGGAGAAAGAGGCAAGGACUUUUGCAGAGGAAAACUAACUACUGUAUCGCUGCAUAACACUUGCUGUAGUUCUGUUCUCAUACUUUUCUCCUCUUCCCCUAUCUUGCCUCUCCAUCCAGUUUUCCCACAGAGGAGUUUGUUCCUCCUAAUGUAAAGCUCCAGUCCAGAGCACACUCACAAAGAAUAAAUCCACAUUUUAAGGCAUAUCUGCACAGACUCUUCUGCUGCUCCUGGUUCAGCAUUUUUGAGUGUGAAACCAGAUAUGUGUGAGAAGUCAGCCAAACAGGAAAGUACACACAACAUUUAUUGUCAAUGUUAGGCCUUGUACGGUUCAGACAGGUUAUUUAUGUUGAAUCUCAUUCUCACCCCCAUCCAGAUAGGGGAGGAACUACAGAAGGAUUCACUGCAGGCACAUAUAUUGGGAUGGGGAGGAGGCCAGUGCACCCCCCACAAGCUAGAUUUGUUUUCCAAAACAGUCUGUGUACAAGAGACACACCCACAUUAGGAAAUAGCUACAGACUGUAAUUCUUGUGCAUUCAGAUGCUCGGCAUGUUUUAUGUGGGAAUUUGAAAAUGCACGAAGUGGCCCUAGAUAUUCUCAGGUUAUUGCUCAAUUAAAUUAAAGCAUGGUGAUAACAGACAGACCUCUGGCUUUUGCCUUUGAUUAAGCUACACUGUUCUGCAGCUACACAGCUGACAAGUUUGAACUGUUGGGUGCUAAACAAGUUAGAAUCAACACCAUUGCUAUUAAAACAGUCAAUCUGCAAUACAAAUAGCAUUCAAUAAUGAACUCUUGUCUUUUACAGAACACUUUGUUUUACACAAUAAAUAAGGGAGCCGGUUGCUUAUUACUGGAAUGCGAUAAUUAAUUAAAGCUAUAAAUGGCAA